AUGACGCUAUCCAGUUCCAGGUCUAUGAUACCGGACGAUAUCAAGUCUUCUACACCUUCGUCGGAAAAAGUCGCUAUGGCCAAGUUGUUGCAUAAGAAGGAGACAACUCCUGGUGCCAAGGCAGUUACGUCAUCUGACGGAAAUGGGAAUGGAGUUCCUAUCCGUUCUUCAUCUGUGCGAUCCUUAAGAAGAUCGCCAAUUGGCGAUGCUCCUGCUGCAGCAGGAGCAGGAGCAGGGACGACUCCGUCGUCCUCGCAUUCAAAGAACCCUUUGAAGAAGAUUUUUGGACGGUCCAAGUCCCAUCAUGUGGAACAGGGCAAACAGUUGGGGUCUAAUCCGUUCUUAUCGGGCGGGGAGUUGAGACCUCGGAUGUCCCCCAAAUUGGAGAGUAAGUCUCGUACUAGAGGGGCGUCUCUGUUGCAUAAGGAUAGGGAAAAGGAUCGUGAUAUGAAUUCGAAUAUGCACGUUAUAAAGUCGUCUUCUGCUAUUCCCAGUCUUGCGUCGCAUAAUACGAACCCUUUCCUGAAUUCCGCUAACGGAAGGAUACCUCUUGAAUCCCUUGACGUGCACUCGCGUCCUCCAACGGUGUCACAGGCGUAUCAUUCGCCAAGUUCUGCGUCUGCGACGCCGUCUUCUACGUCGUUGGGUUUCUAUCAGACCGAGGGUGAUGCCAAAGGUGAAAACAUUCUACCGUUGCCCUUGAAGAAUCCGAACGACUUUUUGCCUGAAUCCAUGCAACAGCCUAGUGUAAUGUUGACGGAUAACUUUGCAUUCGCUGAUUCUGGUAGGAAAACGUUGGGUGAAGGUGGUUCCUCCCAGGUGAUGACGGUUCAUUCGAUAUAUCGCAAGAAACAAGUUUACGCAUUGAAAAGGUUCAAAUUGUUUAAAGACGAGACGCCUGAUCAUUUCUACCACCGUUGUAUCACGGAAUUCAUGAUCGCCAAGAAAGUGAGUAACCAUGUCAACAUUAUCAAGACUUUCUAUAUCAUGAAGACCCCAAGUGUCUCCAAUGGUCCAAAGAGAAGCUGGGCUUUCUUGAUGCAGCAGUGCGUACAAGACAUGUUCCAUUAUACGACGUUAUCAGGGUGGGCUACAAAGCCGCUCGAUGAGAAAUGGUGUUGCUUCAAACAGAUUGCAAGAGGUAUCAGACAUAUGCAUUCAUUAGGUAUCGCUCACAGAGAUAUUAAGUUGGAAAACGUCCUAGUGACAGACUACGGUGCCCUAAAAUUAACGGAUUUCGGUAUCUCCACGUACGGUAUCAAGGACCCUGAAGAUCCUACCAGUGAAAGAAUUAAGAUUAGAGGAUAUUGUGGUUCUCCACCACAUGUGCCACCAGAAGUUAUGAUUCUAAGUGAAAAGAAGAAGAAGGUUAUACCGGUGCCCAAGGAUAAAGAAGAAUACGAUCCGUUCAAGAUGGAUACUUGGGCCCUAGGUAUAUUGAUGUUCAACCUUGUUUGUCCGUUUGCUUUGUUCGCCGAAGCACACAAGGAUGAUUCCAAAUAUAGACAUUACAUUGCAUUUUACGAGCAAUUCAACAAACAUAGCCCACAUUUUAGGAAACCUGGUGUUUAUAGAUCAGGCCCAGGUGCAGAACAUCCGGAAUUCAGCAAAUUAGGAAGUGUAGAGGCAAGCAGAGUGUGUCUACGGUUAUUGGAUCCUGAUGCUUCUACAAGAUAUACUAUAGAUGAUCUGUUCAACGACCCUUGGAUGGCUAAAAUUGAAUCAUGUUUCGAAGAAUAUGAAGAAGAACCAAUCAAGGUGCCGGAAUUGAGAAAAGCUACUACAGACGAUGAUCCAAUUCCACACGAUAUCCCAUCUACUGGAUCCUCUUUCAACGAAGAAAAUUCAGGUUUAUCACAUUCUACCAACCCAUUUUUGGAAUCUAACUUGAAGAGCCCUAAGAUCAAAUCCAAGUCCAUGAUAUUCAUUGCUGAAGAAGAGGCCAACAGACGUAGUGCGUCAAGUUCCGCUAACGGAUCUCCAAAAUUCAAUGCUUCUGCCGAACAAUCAGUUGCUCCUACUUUACCCACUCUAGACGAGGAAAAGACGAAGGAUGUUGACGAUGACGAGAAGGGGAUAUCCUCUCCCAGUAUUGGAACACAAGAACAUCCAAUUCCUGUAAGUGCAAUGGAACCAGGACAUAUACUUAAUUCAGUAGCAGAGGGGAAAGAACCAGAAGAAGAAGAAUCUAGAAAGCCUAAAGAGCUGGAAGAAAAACUCAGUUCGCUGUCGCUUAAUUCAAUGGUCCCUGAUGACUCUACGAAUACCAAUGGCUCAAACUCAAUUUUGAAAUCGAAUUCUUCCGCUUCUAUUUCCAGGAGCUCGUCCGUGGCGUCCAGGAACAGCGGUUCUGCGUUAGCGAAUUCUGCCACUCUUGCAGCACGGAAGAGAAAGAAACAAAUUGUCCAUCACCACAAUGAAUGCGGUGGUAAAUCGAUAUUCAGUAUCAAAUAA